UUUUUAAAGUUACCUACCUCAUGAGCGCUUUCACUCGGUCUCUUUCCUCUCUCUGUUGAUUCUUAUUGGUCAAUGGGUUCCUUUGUUAGCAAGCACAGGCCGCCAUCAUUGGUCAGGAUGGGCUGUCCAUCGCAGAAGGGGCGAGGCUCCACUUACCCCAUGGCCCCUACCAACUCCCCCCUCUCCUUCUAAUUCCCUUCCUCCCUCCUCUUCUAACCGUGACCCCUCCCCCACCCCCACCCUCUCUCGCUCGAUCCCAGGAACGCGCGAGACGCUAGGCUACCAUUUGCAACUGCCCGGGAGUGCAAAGGGGAGCAGCGGCGGGUGCUGGCGGGGAGGAUUCUUUCCUGGGGGACCAUGCAGUGAUUCUCCCUGGAUAACUUGGACUCGCAGACUAACCCGAGAGAGGAGUCGUAGCAGCUUCAGAGGAUGCGUCCAUGGGCGAGUUAAAACCAGGAGGCGGCCGCAGAGGCUGUGGCUGUACGAGCGGAGAAGCCCUGGGAAGCAGUGGCUGGGGAUUGUUCCUUAAUUGAGGGGGGGACCCCCCGGGGCCGGCGUUUUUCACCUGCAGCGUUGUCCUUGCGGGGGGGUGGGAUUUGGGAGGGGGGAGGGUGGGAGUUGCAUUUCUCUGUCCUGUUCAGUCUCGACUGGCGGGCCCUCGGACCCUUCUCGGCCAGGCAGCUUCCCAUCUGGAUUCUUCUGCAUGGAAAAUCCCCGGCCGUGAAAUACGGACGGGCCCAGUGCCCGCAGCCGCCUUGCAUUCGUGCCUUAUCCGGGGGACUGUCCCCACCCCCAAGGCUUGCCUCCGCCGGGUUGUGGAGGGAGAAGCGUUACCACCGAGUCUCUGGAAUCUCUCUCCCUGCUUGUGGUGGUGUUGGUUGGUCUGGUUGCCUUUCCCGGGACAAGGGAUAUGGAUUUGCACCUUCCCUUCGGUGACUGAGCCAGUGCCUAGGUCGACCCCAAAUUUUGUGUCUUCGGCUUAACUCCCUUCCCUCCUCGGAAACUGGGAUGCCCCCAAAGUGAGCGGGGACCGGUUUGAGACGCCCAGUCCUUGGAUUGCCAAAGCCCGCAACCGAUCUGAGGAUAUUAUUGCACAACCCAGCCGAGAGGAAACCGUGCCGGGCUCUCUCGGGCCCCUCCCCGCCUCCGUCUCCCUCUCCUCGGCUCCCAAGUCCCCAUCCCCUGCCUGCGGGGCUCCUUGGAUGAGCUUCUGGAAAGAGGACCCGCUGGGGCGAGGGUCAGGGCGCCGGGGCAUUCGCCGUCUCCCCUUCCUUGAAGUAAAGAGGACAGCUCGAGAGCCUCGCUGGACACCCGAAAAAUGUCCGCGAAGGAGAACCCCUGCCGGAAAUUUCAGGCCAACAUCUUCAACAAAAGCAAGUGUCAGAAUUGCUUCAAGCCCCGGGAGUCUCAUUUGCUCAACGAUGAAGAUUUAAACCAGGCAAAACCCAUUUAUGGUGGCUGGCUGCUUCUUGCUCCAGAAGGGACUGAUUUUGACAACCCUGUGCAUAGGUCUCGGAAAUGGCAGCGGAGAUUCUUCAUCCUCUAUGAACAUGGACUACUGCGCUAUGCCUUGGAUGAAAUGGUAAGCAACCAUUUAAAAAAAACUAUUCUCUUCCAUUUUAGAAUCAAUAGUAUGUAUUGGUUCCAAGGCAGAAGAGUGGUAAGGGCUAGGCAAUGGAGGUUGAGUGUCUUGCCCAGGGUCACACAGCCAGGACAUGUCUGAAACCAGAUUUGAAUCCCGGACCUCCUCUCUCUAGGCCUGGCUCUAUCCACUGAGCCACCC